AUGCCUUCACCUAUGCUAGGCGCUUUUUCUUCCACCACCUUCACGCAAGUUCUCCUUUCUCCCCGGGGAGAGGGCGUGCCCAGCACCACGACCCGCCUUAUCUGUGCAUUCGUUGGUGGAUCCCGAGGCCUGUUACUGCCGAGUCCCGCCCAAACCACGCCCCCACGCAUUCCGCAGGACAAGGAGAAGGCGUGGUCAUUGUGGCGCUGGACCUUCCAGACCGUCUCCUCUCCUAAGAAUCGGGACGCGCUCGAAGUCCGGCGCUCUGAGGGCCCGCGACCGCCGCUGGCGCACACCGCGCCCAGCUGCCCCGGCACGCGGCCUCCGCGCGAGUUCGCGCACGCACGCGCGCGCGCACCUGCCCAAGCCUCGGCCUGGGCAGCGGGGACCCGCCUGGCGGAGGCUGGGCCGCUGAGGUACGAGGGGAGGAGCCCGAGCUGUGGCGCUGUUGUCGCUCCCGUCGCGGUCGCCGCCACUGCCGCCGCCCCCGAGAGGAGCAUGUCUGCAACUCGAGCCAAGAAAGUGAAGAUGGCCACCAAAUCGUGCCCCGAGUGCGACCAACAGGUUCCUGUUGCAUGUAAAUCUUGUCCCUGUGGUUAUAUAUUUAUUAAUAGGAAACUUCUAAAAGUAAAACACUCAGAGAAAUCAUCACCUUUUACAGAAGUGGACUGUACCAUAUCUUUGAAAGAUUUGCGAAUACUGUUUUUGUAUGAAUUUAAACUAGGACAUAGUGCAGCCACAGCAAGUAGAAACAUCAAUUCUGUCUUUGGAGAAGGCUCUGUUAGUGAAAGGACUAUCCGGUGGUGGUUUGAAAAAUUUCGUUCUGGGGAUCUGAGUCUGAAAAAUGAGCCUCGAGGGAGACCCAAAUCUGUUUUAAAUGAAGAUCAAUUGAGAGCCAUGGUGGAAGCUAACCCCAAAAUGGCAAUUCGAGGCCUUGCAGCAGACUUAGGAGUUUCUGCUACAACAAUUUCUCGACAUCUGGCUGCAAUAGGAAAGGUUAAAAAGUUGGACAAAUGGGGAAAGCCAAAUUGCUAUAUUGUGAGGCAGCUCACAAUUGCCAUGUUGUGAAGAGAUGAUGUGAUAAGGGACAGUCUGCCAACAAUCAAAAGAGUGAGCGUAGAAAUAGAUCUCCUUUUGGUUGAGCAUUCAGAUGGGAUUGCAGAACCACACCUGGAUUCCUAACCCAGAGAAACCGAGGUAAUGUUUGUUGUUCUGAGCCACCAAGUUUUGGGGUACUUUGUUAUGUAACAAUAGGUAACUAAUAUGACACCUCAUUGUCUCAUCCUAAGAUGGCUUUUUGUACCUUCAGGGUCUCUUGUUCAUGCCCCAGACAGUAAGAAAAAGUAUGAAGGGCAAAGGACAAAGAGUUUUUUUUAAUAUGAAUCUGUUCAUUUAAAAAAAAA